AUGGCGGCCUACUUCUGCACUAGCUUGGUGCCUACGCUCUUGCGGGCACUCUUUGUCAUUCAAGCCUUGGAACUCGGUCAAACCAGAGCCUUAACGAAUGCGAGCUGCAUUGGUGCUGAGAGGGAAGCUCUUCUCAAGUUCAAGCAGGAUCUCACCGACCCUUCGGGGCGUCUGCAGUCAUGGACCAGGGAGGGGUGUUGCCGGUGGGAAGGAGUCGAAUGUGAUGAGAAGACCGGUCACGUCUCGAAGCUUGAUCUCCGUAAUCCCUGCGAUGGCUUAGUGGAGUGCAGUCUGGGAGGUAACAGACAUCCUGCUCUAUAUGAACUGAAGCAUCUGAAAUAUCUAGACCUGAGCUUCAACACUUUCACACCCCAAAAAAUCCCAGAGUCCUUAGCUUCUCUUCGGAAAUUGGAAUAUCUCAACCUCUCGUGGACAAGCUUUUAUGGGAAUAUUUCCAAUCAACUUGGUAACCUUUCCAGCUUACAGUACUUGGAUCUUAGUCUAACCCUAAUGAAAUCGGAGAACCUCCGGUGA